AUUAAAUUGACCUCACCUGGCCACUGCAGUGAAUCUCCAAAAUUUAUCUAACGAGCAUCCGGAGACACAGUUACUAGCUGUCAUGGACUCCCUGGUGUAGGCAUGGCGUUGAGCUAUAGAGCAGAAAGUGUGCUUCUCAACUGGAUACCAGUCAACAGCCGUCUAUUUGUUGCCCGACUGAAAGUAUCUGUAAGAACUAGGAAGAAUUAUGAGACCAACCGAUACUUAUCUUUAAUCUUCGCCUACGCACCCACAGACCGCACUUCGGAUGGUGUAAAUGAUGAAUUCUAUGAGCUGUCAAUUUUGCUACAGAAACCAAAACGUUCAGAUACAGUCACAAUGGCAGUUAACAUCAACGCUCGAGUGAGGAAGCUGAACCAAUCAGAAAGGCGUCUUUGGGGUAUUCACGGAAUCCCAUUACAAUAAACCAACAACGAUGGCAAUCAUUUGUUUCUGAUCAUCACUAACUUUAGACAGAAUAACAGACAUUGUCUCACUUGGCG